CUCAGCAUUUUUUUGCUCGGGCAAUGCCGGAGAAGCGGCCGGCGAGUGUGGCGUCGCUUGUGCCCGUGUGUGCAUAGGCCCACGGAGCCGGGGGCAUGCUGCAGCGCGCCAAGUACAACCGCUUCCGCAAUGAGUCGGUGACAUCUGUGGACGACCUGCUGCUCCACGGCCUGCCCAUGAACACCAAGGCGCCCGCUGGCGUUCCGGUCCCCUCUCCGGAGCCGCCGUACGCAUCUACCACCACCGAGGCCCCACCCCAGGACACGGCUGAAGACUCGGGCACCGCCCUCUGCACGCUUAUCAACAAGGUGUCGAACCUGAAAUUCACCCACCCGUCCGGACUGCUGGGUAUCAAGGGCCUGCCUUCGGCAGUCAAGGACCUGGCUGUUUCCAAACUCCAGGGGGGAGGAGGAGGGGGCGGAUCAUCCGGUGGCAGUCCGGCAUCUUCCUCUAGCUCGGUGGCCACUGGGGGCAACUUGUGCGCUUCUGCCACCCCUGGUCACCACGAGCCAGGCUUCAUGAGCGCCAGCAAGAAGGGAAGGAUGGAGGAAAGCACAGAGGACCUUCACUCGGGCGGCAUGGGUGGCGAAUGUACAGGCAUGGUGACUAAACCCUCAAGAGGAUGGCUGCACUCCAGCGACAAGAUCACUGGACCUGGAGUGACAUACGUCGUUAAGUAUCUGGGCUGCAUAGAGGUGCUUCGCUCCAUGAGAUCGCUUGAUUUCAACACGAGAUCCCAAAUAACAAGGGAGGCCAUCAGCCUGGUGUGUGAGGCAGUACCUGGAACCAAGGGAGGAGUGCGCAAAAGAAAGCCCCCCUCUAAAGCUCUUUCUAGUAUUUUGGGGAAGAGUAAUCUGCAGUUUGCCGGCAUGAGUAUCAACCUCAACAUCUCAAUCAGCAGCUUAAACCUAAUGACCCCUGAUUCCAAACAGAUAAUAGCCAAUCAUCAUAUGCAGUCAAUAUCCUUCGCUUCCGGUGGAGAUCCGGACACAACUGAUUUUGUUGCUUAUGUAGCGAAAGAUCCAGUUAACCGGAGAGCGUGCCACAUUUUAGAGUGUGCUGAUGGCCUGGCGCAGGAUGUGAUCAGUACUAUAGGUCAAGCGUUUGACCUGCGGUUUCAGCAGUACCUACAGUGUCCAUCUAGCAAGCUCUCAGCUAUACACGACAGGGUACUGAGUGUGGAGGAACCCUCGUGGACUGAGGAAGGAGAAGACCCGCCUGAUCACUCCUAUUAUAACAACAUCCCUGGCAAGAUGCCCCCGCCCGGCGGUUUUAUUGAUGCUCGGUUAACCAAUCAGACGGCAGAAGGAAGCCAGGGGGUCGGCGUGGACCAGACGUACUACCAAGGCAGGCCUAUAUUUAUUCAGCAAGGAUCUUGUGACAUCUACAGCCUGCCUGAGUUUAAAGGUCAGAGUCCGAAGCUCAGCGAGGUUCCCACGUACGUGAACACGCAGCACAUCGAUCCUCAGGUGCUGGCGGCGCUGCAGGGAGAAACAGACGUGGCAUGUGAACCAUGUGGGGGUUCCACGUCCAGAGACAGCCCCAGAAAAGACCUCUUCGACAUGAAGCCGUUCGAGGACGCCAUCGUGACUCAGUCUUCUUCCUCGUCUGUGUCUGCAUUAAAUAAAGCGUCGUCGGUGGAGAAUUGCAGUCCGGUGCUGGUGCGCGCCGCCCCGCGCUCCCUCCCCGAGCUCGAGCAGCAAAGCUGGUACCACGGAGAGAUGAGCCGCCACAACGCCGAGAAACUCUUGCACAACGACGGAGACUUUCUGGUGCGCAAGAGCACCACCAACCCGGGCUCGUACGUACUGACGGGCAUGCACAACAGCCUGGCCAAACACCUGCUGCUCGUCGAUCCUGAGGGCACGGUGCGGACGAAAGAUCACAUUUUCGAGAGCAUCAGCCACCUGAUUGGCCAUCACCGUGACAACAACCUGCCAAUCAUAUCGGCCGGAAGUGAACUGUGCUUGAAGCAGCCGGUCGAGAGGAAACAGUGACGACCCGCCCGGGGGUCAACAGGGUGACGGAAAAAAAGAAACACCCCAAAACCUGAUACUUGAAGACGAAUAGGGAGCGAGCGUGUGCCUGACGUGUUGUGUGAAGAUGAUGGUCAGUUUCACGGCGGUGAGACUCUCUGGACUCUCCGAGACGAGCCCUGAUUUAUAGAACUUGAAUUAUUUUGUUCUGAGGACUGAAAUACUAUAUUUUUCGAGAAGACGUGAGGUGCCGAUUCGGACAGGGAGCUCCAAGAGGGACGAGAUGAUAAAAAAGAUAUUUUAGAAUAACAUAAAGAAGUUUUAGUUUUGUCUAAUAAGCACAACAUGUUUGUUGGUAAGAGUUAGAGCAGAAAAAUCUUUGAGAAAAACGUUUAUAUUGAACUAUUUUAGAAACUGUUGAACUUGCAGCUAGUGUGACAGGUAGUUCGAUUCUAUCCAAUCCCGCUCGGAUGAGCCUUUUGGGGAAAGAUAAAGAUAUGGGUGUGUACGCUUAAACAGUAGUCACACACACAAACACACACACACAGCUUUAAAAAAAACACUGACACUUUUCUAUGAUGUUGAAUCCUGUGGCAGCGCACUCGCAUGACUUGAAAAUGUUCUCGUGGUCAUCGUUCGUAGCCGUCGAAGCCCUGCGACAGGUGCUUGUGUAUGCUCACGAUGUAAAAUAUUUCUGCUUUUUCCAAAUAUUUAUGAUUGAAUUUGGUUCCUUCUUUCGACUUGUAAAAACGGUGUGUAGUUAAUAUGUUCAGGGCUUCUUUUCUACCUACCAUGGAUGUUUCUAUCGUUUACGGCUUGAUUGUGAGCUUUAAAAACGUUGAUAUUACGAUCAUGACGAGUUUGAUUUACGAUAGAUAGCACAAGCAACACUCGAGCCCAGAUUUACUGAGAUGAUUAGUACGUAUUAUUAGCAAUUUUAGUGACAUGAUCGAUGAUUGGGUAAUUAAUUUGUCAGCACCGAUUGUGUUUGGUUAUUUAUUUAUUUAUUAUUUAUUUGGAGUAAUUUAAGACUCAUGUGCAUGCUAACGGCUUCAGUGAAUCGGAUGUGUAGAUUUUCUGUCACGGAGGAUGCUCGCCAACAUGGUGCCAACGAUGAAGUUUUAAUUUCUCGCAGUAUGUGCAUCCUUAUUUGAAGGAAAAUAAACCACAAUACUUGACAA